AUGCAGUCCGCUGCCUUGACUCGCUCCUUCUUCCGAACGGCUCCGGCUUCCCUCAUCCUCUCCCGCCAACUCUCCACAACCCCAAUUACCAUGGCCGCCGGAGACACUGGCGCCCCCAAGCCAAGAGGCUUUCUGGCUGAGAAGGACCAGUUCCAGCGUCGCGAAGCGGCUCAAGAGGCUAUGUAUAUUCGCCAGCAAGAGAUGGACAAGAUCGAGAGGUUGCGGCUAAAAAUGAAGGAGUCACGAAAACACAUGGAAGAGCUGGAUAAACAUCUGGAGGAGUUGGCUAAAACCCAAGGUGGCGAGCAGAACUAA